AUGAACUUUCAAGAAUUUAAUCCUGAUGAAUUUCCUAUUUCAAUCAAAACAUCAGUUCCUGCCGUCAUAUUUGAUGAAUUUAAUGAGCAUCAUACUGUGAUUAAAGAGAGAAUUGCGCUAGAAAAACUUGAUGCAAACGAACAAAAUGAAAAGCACAUUGUAAAUGCUACACAUGGGCAAGGAUAUGUUCCAACUCCAACUGGAAAUAGAGUUGAACAUACUUCUUACUCGAAAUCUCGUACAUUUUGGAAAGCUCCAACUCGAUGUUUCGUUUACGAUACAGAUUUCUUUGAAAAAAUGGAAUAUUAUGCAGAUACAGAUGAUAUUGAAUUUGUUCAAAACUUUAAUAAUACCCAUAAAUUUAUAAAAAUGACAACAAAACAAUUAGAAGAUAUAUUUUUAGUAAUUGAAUCUAUUGUUAGAGAUGACGUAACAGAGAUACCAGAAAUAUCGCAAGUUAUGUAUUUACUUCCUGAUAAUGCAGUACCAUAUCCAAUUAUUCAAGCAAUUUACGACUACUGGAAUAAAAAGCCAAAACUUCGAGGUUCAGUUUUACAUAUGAAAGAAUAUCCGCCAGAACACUCUGGUAUCAGAUCUGAAUUCGUUAAAAAAAUCACUUCAUCGAAGAAAAUCACAAAAUCUCCAGCAAAUUACAUCAAAAAGCUACAUUCAGAACUAGAAACUAUACAAGCAGCGAGAUUACAAGCCAUUGAUAUGGUAAACGAACAAUUAAAAUCUCGCAAAGAAAAUAUUGUUUUUCUAAGAAGUAUAAGUCGAAAAUUAGAAAAAGUAUCAAUACUUCAUUUCUCUAUGGUGAUUGAACCUCAACUAAAAGACAUUGAAGCGAAAUAUCCAGAAGAAUCUCAAGAAGUUAAAAACAUCAACUUACCUUUAGGUAUUUUCCCUACACCUCCCGAAACACCUGCAUUCCUUUCUUGGUGCCAAGAACAGCACACUGGAAUUUAA